UAUAAUCACCAAAAUUAUCAAAUACCUGUUAAACCAAAUUUUCUCAAUAACUUUUAGAAUGGCUAAGAGCUAUACUCAUUCUGCUUCCAUGGUAGUAGCAGAGAAGAUCUCAUGGUACUGCGCGGUGUUUGCCGCCAUGAUGCUGCUAAUGAGCUGCUGCCACGUAGAAGAAGAGGCCGGUUCCACAAAUACCAACGUGCAGAAGCAGCAGCCAUCGAUGAUGAUCGCCGGAUAUUCUGAUCGGCGCCCAGCAUGCGAUGAGAUAUAUGAAGUGAAAGAAGGAGAGACGUUGCAGACGAUAAGUGAGAAGUGUGGAGAUCCAUAUAUAGUUGAAGGGAAUCCUCAUAUACAUGACCAUGAUGAUGUUUUCCCUGGUUUACUCAUCAGAAUCACUCCUUCUUUUUAAUAUCAGUGAUUAUAUAUUUAAUGUAUUAGUAUUAUAUGGAUCUUGUUUUUCUUUGAUGUACUUGUGAGUGUGAAUUGAGAAAUAUUAUAAUCACUCUCGAUCUGAAUAUUAU